AUGAUCGAGGACCUGCAUUCUGCCAUCGUUCGCGUGCGAAUUGCUUCCCUUCAGUCAGAAGUUCUCAGCAAGUCGCCCACUAGAGAAGUUGUGCGUCGUCGGAGCUUCAGUAAGGUGAAGCCAGUUCACGUUGCCAAGGGCCGAUUACCACUGUUCACGAAGCAGAAAACCGUCCGCGUCAUUUCCUGA